AUGUGCUACCUGAGAAGGAGCCUGAGCAAAUCUGUGAACUCGCUCGUCCUCCACUUCGAGUUUGUCAAGUGCAAAAAUUUAGCGAGCUAUCGAAAGAAGGGAAAGUAUUACAUGAUCAUUUCUUACGACCAUUUGCUUUUUUACGAGAAGGAUUUUUACGAAGUUCAGUUCAAAAUAUUUUUUGCUGACAUUCGGCAGAUAUAUACGUGUGACCAGUCCAACUAUGUGCAUGUCACGCUGAAGGAGGGCGCGGCCAUUAACGACAUAGGCAUCAAGGGAAUAAACAAAAGCAUCCUCGUCAAGCAGCUAUGCGUUGCAUACAGCACGUACUACAUGUUCAACCUGAACAUGAAUAUCUACGUGCCAAUUACAAACGAGACGUACGAGGAGAGAUGCCGCAGAACCGGGCAUCAUUCAAAACGGAGGAAGGUCGACCUUUCCGUGCAGCCGUUUAUCGGGUACCGCAAAGUCGUGUUCGACGAGUACUUCUUCUUCAUCCACAAGUCCUUUCAAAGUUAG